CUGAAAUUUCCAAGUCUAGCACUUAGGCAGUUCUCGUCGCCUAACAUCUGAAAACACAAAAAACACACACUAAUUUCUCUCUCUACAAACGGCUCUCGUCCCGUUUUUUUUUCUCUCUGCCUGUAGGCGUACGUGCAGGUGCUUCGCUGCUUGCCGAGUGUGUGAAAUUUGACGAGUUGGACGGCGGAGUUUUUUGGGGGAUAGGGUUUUUGCGCAGGAGGUUUGGGGUCUAGGGUUAUGAAGGAAAGCCUGGCCGUUCGAUUGGGGUUGAGUUGAGGGGAAUCAACGGUGAGGAUUUCGUCUCCGGAUGGAGGGAGGUAGCGUCUCUACACUUACUUCUUCUGGGAUACACCGAUGGAUUAUAAUGACAAUGACUAUGAAGGCCAGAAUCUUCACUUAGCUGGUGAAGAGAGCUCUAAAAUUUCUUCUGUUUUGCGACCAUUUGCUCUUCCCAAGUUUGAUUUUGAUGACAGUCUCCACGGGCAUCUGAGAUUUGAUAGUUUAGUUGAAAACGAAGUUUUUCUUGGUAUUCCGAGUCAGGAAGACAAUCAGUGGAUUGAGGACUUUUCUCGAGGAGGAAAUGGAAUAGAGUUCAGUUCCAGUGCAGCAGAAUCUUGUGCUUUGCCAAGGCAUAUCAAUGUCUGGUCUGAGGCAACAUCAUCUGAAUCUGUUGAAAUGUUAUUGAAGGCUGUUGGGCAGGAAGAAAUGGUCCCAGGUGAAAAUAUGAUUGAGGAAUCAGAUCCAGGUGAUCAGCUUGGCAGCUCAACGAGACAAAUGGAGAACGACUCGAGGCAGGAUGAUAAAAUUGAUGAUGCUGGCCAUGGAAAUCCUUCAUUGUCCCCUGCUGAAGUUGAGGGAGAUUCUUCUAGGUCAAAUCAGAAUGCAGGAGUUGAAGGCGAUCAGACUGAAUAUACUCUACAGGUUCAAGAGACAAAUUUUGCUUAUGGAGUAUGCGUCGGUGCCAAAGAUAGUAGUUUAACUGUGACCACUGAGAAUUUGGGUAUUGACAUGAAAAGCACCAGUGCUAAUCAAGAGGAAACUUGUGCCGUCAUGAAUGAAUCUCUGCCCAAUCAAGUGCUAGAAAACUUACCUGUUCCUGGCACAGAGAUUGAAAGUACCGAGAGCUCUUCUCAGAAAAUUUCUGUUAGUGUUAUGAAUGAUCAGGAUAGAAUUAGUAAUAUCAGUUUUGCAAGUUCGGGUUGUAUAACAAAAGGUUUGUCUGAUUCAGCUGACGAGCAGGAGGAAGGCUGUAAUAUAGAUGAUGAUAGAUUGAAUGGAGUUGCUGUUGUUGAAACGGAUAAUACAAUGAGGCAAUGUUCUCAUGAACUUCCUUCGAUAAUUGAAUCCUCAAAAGAGGAGCAUGCAGUUGAAAUUCUUAUUGGAGAAUCUUCUAGCAUGCCGGGGAAGGGAGAAUCUGUAUCUGAAGAUGAUGUUGUAUGCAAUGAGGUUGCAUUUGUUGCUGAACCUGCAGAUGGCGGUCAACAGGGAUCUGAGGCUUUCUCUUCAGGCAUAGAGAUCAAGCAGCUGUCUGGAGAUCAUAGCACUUUGUUUGAGACCCCAUCUGUCUCCCUUCAAGGAGAAGCUAAUGAGGGGCUUGGAAUAGAAGGCAGUACUGUUGUCACCCCUGCAAUCUAUGGCAAUACUGAACUCGAGGAGGUUCCUGUUGUUCAACAAUCGGAUGAGCACAAGGGCCUUGCUGAUAAUAAAGAUAUUUGUACUGGAAGUAACAGCUCUCUUGAGGCUCCACAUGGCACUUCCGAGCCUUCUAUGUUACAUGAGGUACUAGAUGAUCAUUCUGAAAUGGAUGGGGAAAGCAGCAUUAAUCAGGCAGGUUUUCCCAGUAACUUGACAGGUUCUGCCUUUGCCAGUGAAUUUUGUGGGGAUAAAUCAGUGAUUGAUGAUAUGAGUGAUGCCGGAGAUACUGCUGUGGUGCAGAAAGAGAAUGUGAAGAUUGGGGAUCAUGUUGCCACUACCUCGAUAGAUGGGAGGACACAGAAGUUCACUGAAGAAAGUAUCCCUAUCCAGGUGGAUGCUCAUGUAAAUGACCUUGAUGCUUCUGCAUGUGAAAAGGAGGACCCCCUUAAAUUAAGUGAUAUGGUCUGUGAUGAGAUUGAAAAAGAAGUAGGAUCUACUUCUCCAGGUGAGGGAGAUAAAGUUGAGAAAAGUACUGGAUCACAACCUAACAGUUCUGCUGUAGCUUAUCCAGUAUUGGAUACUGAGGGUGAAGAUACAAAGUUGACAUCAUCAUAUGUUGAAGGUGAUGAGCUUGUUGGCUGUCAUGAGCAUGACCCAUGUUCAUGUGACUCCGGGCACAGGGAUCAGAGUAAAGAAACUGAAACUGAAACCCCUAUACAACCAUGUAGUUCAGUUCCAAAGGAGCCCUCGGAGUCAACUGAGCUUUCCCCUGCUAUUGAAAUUGAGACCCGUGAACUGCAUUCUGCUGCAGGGGAAACAAAGACAAGUCAUCAGUCUAUUUCCUUGGUAGAGACUUCCGAUGUUGCCAUGGCUAAUGAAGCCGGUGAGGAGUUGAAUGAAAAGAUGGAACAUUCUGUCAAUGACUUGAUAAGGCAAGAUGAUGUUGCUGAAGCUGUACCUACUGAAAAACCAAUGGAAGCAGAAACCGAAAGAAAUGGUGGAAUGAGUUCUUUAACAGUGUCAGUUAUGAGCUGUACUGCAGAAACUGAUAAAUCUGACAAGCCUGCUGACCCUGGAGCUAGUUGUACUGAUGUUUCACAAACUGAAACGAAAAAGCAAACUUCUCCUAAUAGAAACAAUGUUGAAGAUACUGGAGAAGUUAUGCCAACAACUGAGGUUUCAGGAGUAAAUGCUCCAUCUAAAGAAGAGGGCACCUUUACCUUUGACAUUAGGCCUUUGGAAGAUCAGUCUACAGGGGAUCCUGGCAAGGGUUUGCAAUCAUUUCCCAGAAUUCAAGCUUGCAAACUGUCUUUGACUGGUGAAGGAUCCCCUUCAACAUCUGGUAGCAGCCAGACAGAUCCGAGGAUAAUGAAGGAAAUUUCUCAUGUUAGUUCUCUAACCCCUGGUGUUUGUUCCCCAUCUGGAAGUCUUGGAGGACCCUCUCAGCGCAAAACAAGACGUGGCAGCACAAAGCCUGGGAAAGGAAAUGCAAGAAAAGGGAAUCAAGUGAAAGAAACAACUCCUCUGAAGCAGACUGAGAAGGGGGAUAAAUCAUCUCAGUUUUUGAGUCCACCAGGGGCCGGUCAACUCGUGACAUUUGAAAGUGUUGUCAAGCCAAGGGGGACUGUCUCUAUUCCUACCUCCAGCUUGCCUGAUCUUAAUACUUCUGCUCCAUUAUCUGGAUUCUUUCAGCAGCCUUUUACAGAUUUACAACAAGUGCAACUGCGAGCACAAAUCUUUGUUUAUGGAUCUCUUAUACAAGGAGCAGCACCUGAUGAGGCGUGUAUGGUGUCAGCCUUUGGUAUGUGUGAUGGAGGUAGGAGCAUUUGGGAGCCUUCUUGGCGUGCUUGCGUAGAAAGGUUUCAUGGUCAGAAAUCCCAAGGCAAUAACACUGAAACACCUGUACCCUCACGUUCAGAUGCAGGUGCCAAAGCUCCAGAUCAGACCAACAGACAAGCCUUCCCUCAAAGUGAAGUUCUUUCCUCCAUAGCUGGGCGAGCAAGCAACAAGCCCAUCCCUUCUCCUGUUGUCAAUCCUGUGAUCCCUCUCUCUUCCCCCUUGUGGAGUAUAUCUACUCCAUCUGGUGAAGCUUUGCCAACCAGCAGCGUGGGCAGAACUGCUGUUUUUGAUUAUCAGGCCGUUUCUCCUUUGAAUCCUUAUCAGACUCCACCUAUACGGAAUUACAUGCCGCAUAGCACUUGGCCAUCGCAGGCUCCCUUCCCAGUACCCUGGCUUGCCUCUUCACAAAGUUCUCCCUUUGAUAUCAGUAGUAAUUAUCCCACAUUUCCAAUCACAGAACCAGUAAAAUUGACCCCAGUCAAAGAAUCAUUGUUGCCUCUUACCUCUGGCACAAAGCAUGUAUCUCCCAUUCCUUCAACUCAUACUGGGGCCACUACAAUGUUUGCUGGGGCUUCUUCACUUGAUCUGAAAAAAGGCAAAGUAUCAGCUGCACCUACUGCUGAUACAAAAACUAGAAAGAGAAAGAAGUCUUCUGGUGUGGAUGAUGUUUUACAGAUUUCUGUGACUGCUUCUCCAGUUGAUACCGUCUCUGCUCCCGUAGUAGCUAAUCAGAUGUCAAAGAAGGCUCCUGCAGUUGAAAAUCUUGGUCAAAUCUCUUUGAUGAGUCGGAAUCAGGCAGAUUCAAUGUCUAAACCUGUUGUUAGUAGUCAUUAUUCGACAUCGGUUGCUGUCACGACCCCUUCUAGCUUUGUGCCAAAAGGUGCGACUAACCCAUUUUUAUCCAUGGUCUCUCCAUCAAUUUCUAGUGAUCACCCCAAAAGAGGUGAUUUAAGUAUGGAUAAGAGGGCACUAAAUGUUGAUGGUUUUAGCAAAGUGGAGGAGGCUAAGUUGCAAGCACAGGAGGCUGCUGCUCAUGCUGCUGCCGCCAUCAGUCAAUGUGAAGGUGUGUGGAGCCAGUUGGAUCAGCAAAAAAAUUCUGGCUUGACAUUGGAUGCUGAAUCUAAAUUAGCAUCCGCCGCUGCUGCUGUAGCUGCUGCUGCUUCUGUUGCAAAGGCAGCAGCUGCAGCUGCUAAGGUUGCAUUAAGUGCAGCGGUGCAAGCAAAACAAAUGGCGGAUGAAGCAGUGAGUAAGUCUGGAACUGUGAACACCACUGAUUAUGAUGCAAGCUCGGUUUCUAAUUCCAUGAACAACUUGGCGAAUGCUUCAGCUGUGUCCAUUUUAAAGGGUGGGGAUCGGAGUAAUGCUCCCAGUUUAGCAAUAUCUGCUGCUAGAGAGGCUGCUAGGAAAAGAGUUGAGGCUGCUUCAGCUGCCACGAAGCAUGCUGAAAAUCUUGAUGCGAUUGUAAAGGCAGCAGAAUUGGCUGCAGAAGCGGUUUCACAUGCUGGAAAAAUUGUUGCCAUGGGUGACCCUUUCUCUUUGGGUGAACUAGCAGAAGCCGGCCCGAGUAAUUAUUGGAAAGUCCUGCAGGUGGCUACUGUACCUGGUUCACAACCAGAUCACAUGAAUAAAAAUAAGUCUAUCCAUAGCAAUGCAGGAGAGGUGCAUAAUGCUUUGAACCAGCAUAAGGGACCUGAUAAGGGCAUGCACCUUACAGGACACGUUGUGUCUCCUAUUCAAAGGGAGGUGUCCAGAAAUAUGUUGGCUGAUAAUGUUACAGUGGAGGGUAAUCUUAUAGAUUCUGUCAAGCAUGGGGAGAGCGCUUCUACACUUCAUAAGGACAAAAAAGUAUCUGACUCAGCUAAGUCUGCUGGUGUUGUUUCUGACCCCGACAUUGAAUCAAGAUCAAACUCCUUUACCAUAACAAGCAUAAAGGAGGGUUCCCUUGUUGAGGUUCUUAAAGAUCGUGGUGAUUUGAAGAAGGCCUGGUUCUCAGCCAAUGUGUUGAGUUUGAAGGACGGCGAAGCUCUUGUUUGUUAUAGGGAAUUACAAUCUGAUGAAGGGUCUGAGAAGCUCAAGGAGUGGAUAUCAGUUGAACCCGAAGACGGCAAUGCUCCGAAGAUUCGAAUUCCCCAUCCUAUGACUGCUGGACAGUUUGAAGGAACAAGGAAGAGACGUCGAGCUGCUGUCAAGGAUUAUAGUUGGUCUGUUGGAGACAAAGUUGAUGCCUAUGUGGAAGAUAGCUGGUAUGAAGGCAUUGUUGCAGAAAAGAAUGACAAAGACCCAACUACUUUAAGUGUCCAUUUUCCAGCCAAAGGAGAGACAUCAUUGGUCAAAGUGUGGCAUCUACGGCCAACUUUAAUUUGGAGUGAUGGCCAAUGGGUUGAAUGGUGCAGACUAGGGGAGGAUUGCACUUCUCAGGGAGAUACACCAGUGGAGAAGCGAGCAAAGCUGGGAAGCACCAAUAUUGAGAUAAAAGCGAAGGGCAAGAUGGGCAAAACCAUUGAUUUUGUAGAAACAGGGAUAAAUGAAGAAAUAAGAUUGCCUUUGGCUGCUAAUGAAAAAGUUUUUAGUAUCGGUAGUACGAAGGAGGAGAAUAAGCCGAACACGGUCAAGACGAUGAGGUCUGAUAGGAAAGAAGGAUCAAGAGUUGUGUUUGGUGUCCCUAAGCCUGGGAAGAAAAGAAAAUUCAUGGAAGUAAGCAAGCAUUACGUUUCUGAUAGGAACCCCAAGAUUAAUGCACCUAAUGAUUCAGCAAAAUUAGCUAAAUUUUUGCCUCAAGGAUCAGGGGCUCGGGGAUUCAAAAGUAAUUCCAAGGUUGAUUUGAAGGAGAAACAAGUACCAGAGUCUAAACCGAGAUCUCUAAAGUCUGGGAAACUGCCAAGCAUCCCAAGUAGAACUUUAGCACAGAAAGAUGACUUAACCUCUUCGCGGCCUAAUGCACGUGAUGCAUCUGUAUCAGAUCAUGUAGCAAAGGGCUCUAUUAGCAAUGAUGAAAAUGAAUCAGGUGAGCAAAACGUUGCUGAGUAUGUAUCUGUUUCUAAUGUUGAAGAGAUCUCUGGUGGCAGUGUGGUAUUUUCUUCUCAAGCUCUUCCACCAGAAAAUCGCAAGAAAGCAGCAACAAGGAAUGCUAAAUCUGAGCUGCCCAACCAAGGGAAACUUGCACCUGCAAGUGGAAAAUUGGCAAAAAUUGAAGCAAAUGAUAAAUUAAAUUCUGAAGUUGCCGAACCCCGCCGAUCAAAUCGCCGUAUCCAGCCAACGUCAAGGCUACUGGAAGGGCUGCAAAGUUCACUGAUAAUCUCAAAAAUUCCAUCCUCGCAUGACAAAAGCCACAGGAGUCAGAAUAAAGGCACCGCCAGAGGGAACAAAUAAUUGUGGUUGACAGGGAACAGCGUCCGAACGGCUCCUUUUGGCGGCCCAAAUGACCAAGUUGUCCUCCUGUAGUGUUUCUGUAGACUAAUUUGUUAUAAAGAGGAUAUAAGUGAGAAUGCAAAUGCUCACUCUCUUACAUUGUCGGAUGUAAAAUUUAGGCAGUAGAUGUCAAUAUUGGUGUAGUUGGCAUACAAGAAUAGGGCUUUGACUUUCUAUUCCCCUGAAUAGGUUGUAUAUGGUACUUUGUGUCAGUUGGCUUGAACAUUUCAGAGAAGUCUUAAUUAUUCAACUUGCAAUCCGGUUGUUUAUCUUC